AUGCUGGAUGACGCAUCCCCCAGCAGCGGUGCUGACAGCAAUGCGCUCUCAGUGGAGUUUCUCUCCACCCUUGACCGGCGCGCAGCGACUGCGAUUACUGAGCUGAGCCGCGCGGUGAAGUCACACCAGGAAAGCCACAGCCACCGUACCCACGGCGCUCUUGUGCUUGCUGUGGCGGCAGCACAGCGCGUGGAAAAGCUGCUCGGAACCGUUAAUGAACAACAACAACAGCACCAACGUGCAGGACACUCUGCCGUUGUCCCGCUUUCCCUACUCGUACAGCUGAAGAGCCACCGGGCGGCUAUUCGUCGCGCUCUACCCACCGCUGUUGCUGCAGCGGAGACGAGUGGAUCAGAUGGCACGGCCGAUGCUGUGAGCGCGCUGCGCUCACUGAUGCACACGCGAUCGCUUUUGGGCAUUGAAUUGCGCAAAGUGCAGGGCGCCGUUGACGAAAUAGCAGGAAGCUCCGCGUCGCUGGAUCUACUCCAGACCUCGCUGCAAGACGUCAAUGCUACGGUAGAGAUGGCGCAGCGACUGGUUCGAAAGCUGCUGGUGGUGAAGUCCACGGACGACAUCGUGUUGCGUAUCUCUGCGGCCGUGUAUAUACUCGUCGUGGUAUACAUCAUGGCACAACGAGUGUUUGGGUUCUUCCCAACGAAAAUUGGCUGA